AUGCAGCUUCCCCCUGUAGCAGUUACUAUGAUCCGGCCCGUGGGCAUUACCGUUGAAGGCUUGGACUGUUGGCCUGUUGAACUCAUGAAGGUCAACCGUCUGACCCGCUUCCUCGGACACAUAUUUCGGUUUUGUUUUGGCAGAUAUGCCAGUAUUUCGCUCCACAUCGAUCCUGAAGAACCGUUUGUUCUCUCUGCAAUGCCCUCUCCGCAACGUUGGUACUGCUUUCGCUAG